AUGCAUGAUGUUGUACGUGAUGUAGCUAAAUUAAUUGCGUCUAGGUUUCAUCGUACUUAUUCUGUGAAAAGGUACUCCGAAGUCAAACAAUGGCCAACGAUAGAUCAGCUUCAAAAGUUCCAUCAAAUCAUUUUGCCUUGGUCUUAUAUUAAUGAGCUUCCUGAGAAGUUGGAGUGCCCAGAGUUGAGGCUACUUCUACUUCAUAAUAUAGGCGACAAUUUGAAAGUCUCUGAUGAGUUUUUCUCUGGGAUGAGAGAAGUAAAAGUUCUAGAUUUGUAUGGAAUGAUGUUAACCCCUUCCCCACCUCCAUCUCUCUCUUUCUUGACAAACCUUCAAACAUUGACUCUGGGGGGAUGUGAGUUAGAAGACAUAUCAAUAGUUUUGGAACUGAAAAGUUUAGAGAUUCUCAGCCUUGAAAGAUCUGACAUUAUAGAGCUCCCAGAAGAAAUAGGACAACUAACCAAUCUUCGAAUGCUGAAUUUAACCAACUGCUCUAGGUUGAGAUUCAUUCCUGCAAAUCUUAUUUCAAGCUUAACAUGCUUAGAAGAGUUGUACAUGGGAAAUUGCUUUAUCCAAUGGGAUGUCAAGAGAAGCAAAGACCAAAGCAACAGUGCAAGUCUGGAAGAGCUAGGUAAUCUGUCACAUCUAACAACUUUGGACAUCAUGAUUCAAGAUUCUUCAGUUUGGCCAAUGGAGUUGCAAGUCUUUGCAAAGCUUGAGAGAUACAAUAUAUUUAUUGGUGAUGUAUGGAAAUGGUCUUUGGAAUGGGCUGGAGGUGCUUCUGAAUCUUCAAGAACACUUAAGCUGGCAGAGAGUAAGAGUACAAGCAUUCUUUCAGAUUAUGGAUUUAACUUAUUGUUGAAUUCAGCGGAGGAUUUGUGCGUAGCUCAAUUACAACGUGCUAGAGGUGUCCUUUACGAGUUGAACAUGGAAGGUUUUCCACAAUUAAAGCAUUUGUGCAUCGAAGACAGUUCUGAACUGGAGUGCAUUGUUAAUUCAAUAGGUUGCUUUUAUCCCUAUCCCGCCUUCCCCAACUUAGAGACUUUAGCUCUUCAAAAUCUGUUUAAUCUGGAAGAAAUAUGUCAUGGACCAAUUCCAAUUCAAUCCUUUUCCAAGCUGAAAUUUAUUCAAAAAUCAUAUCUGAGCAAACAUCUGAGGAUGAUAUAG